AGAUUGGAUUCAUGCCACGUUGACCAGGCCUGUCAUAAAAGUUAAUUUUGCCACCAAUCUGGACAAAAAUUGUAAAAUGAAGCCAAACCAAAAUCAGUUGUUUGUUGAUUAGAAUUGGUUACUUCCUACCCUCAGAUCUAAAUAGAAAAAAAAUAAAUAAUUUCGCACCCUCAGAAACUGUUUAGAACUACACGGAGAAUGAAUAUCGGCUGCGGCUUUGUCGUCGUCUUCUUUUGUCUCUCGUGCUUGAAAGACAAUAGCUGGGUUGAGGCAUCGGAAGACGAUGUUGACAGGGACAGGGAUGAAGGGCUCACUUCUUUAGACAGCGAACCACCAGUUCAGAUCAGCGAUCAGGAUGCGGAUCCCAAGAGAAACGAAGCUGGGUGGAUUCAUGGGAAAAGGCGAGGCGGAUUUAGUUCAUGGCAGAACAAUAUCAUGGGUGCUGUUGGAAAAAGGGAAAUGGAGGAAAUGAAAAGGAAUGAUCAAUUUAGAAAUGAACAACCGAAGAGAAACGAAGCAGGCUUGAUCCAUGGCAGGAAAAGAAGCGAAAAUGAACUGCCAAAGAGAAACCAUGCAGGUUGGAUCCACAAGACAGCAAGGCGAGCUCAUCCCAACCUAUUUGAAGAGAUGGAGGCUGAUACGAAAAGAGGAGGUGGACUGCUUGGCGAGCUGAAAAGAUCUGAAGCAGCUUUGGGUGAAAUGACACGAGAAGGAGUCCAUCCCAAACUAUUUGAUGAAAUGGAGGCUGAUGCAAAAAGAGGAGGUGGUCUGCUUGGCGACCUGAAACGAUCUGAAGGAGCUUUGGGUGAAAUGAAACGUGACGGAGUCCAUCCCAACCUAUUUGAUGAAAUGGAGGCUGAUGCGAAAAGAGGAGGUGGUCUGCUUGGCGACCUGAAACGAUCUGAAGGAGCUUUGGGUGAAAUGAAACGUGACGGAGGGAACCUGUUUAAAGAAUUCGCGACCGGAGGAAAACGCGGAGGUGGUCUCCUGGGAGAACUGAAAAGGGGAGAAAAUCACGGAAAUCUUUUUGAUGAAAUGGAGGCCGGAACGAAACGAGCAGGUGGAUUCCUGGCUCUUAUAAAACGAGGGGGUGGACUUCUGGCAAAUUUCAAACGAGGAGAUGGAUUUGAAAAACGGAAAAUUGCAGAGAAUAAAGUUAAACGAUACUUCAUGGGAAUUCCUCCCAGUCCGAACAAUGUCGCAAAAAAAUUCGACUUGGGAAUUCCUUCAGGUCCUGCUAAGCGAUUCAACUUGCAAAUACCCAGAAAACGAUUUGACUUGGGAAUGCCUGCAAAACGAUUUGACUUGGGAAUGCCUGCAAAACGAUUUGACUUGGGAAUGCCUGCAAAACGAUUUGACUUGGGAAUGCCCGAAACAAGGCGUUCAUUCGGAGCUGGAAAAAAGAGAAAUACCGCCAAAAAAUUUGAUUUGAACAUGCCGUAGAAAAGGGCCACCGUUAACAUUGAAUUGAUGGUCAAGUUAAUUAUGCUCAAGUAGCUACAUUUCUAGUGUGUAACGGUAGCCAUCACUAAGCUACUAUGAAGACCAAUGAAUAAAAGCUGACCUAAGUAACUUGGUUCAAAUUUAAGACCUGCUUUAUUAAAUCAAAAAUAUUAUCGGUGAUAGGUGUUGAUAUUGUUUGCAUUCAAAUUCCAGAAAUCAAAAUCAUCGAAAUACCAAGCUAAAA